GAAAUUGUGUCGGCGGAUGUUAUUUUUUCACCGUCUCAAACCAGACAGAUCAGGAAGUGGUGGACCUACUAGAGGAAAAAUACAAUUAAUCGGCGAAAAUAUACAAUCAGGAACAAAUAAACUAUCCAGUAUCCACGUCAACAUGCAGAUCUGCAAUGUUUGCCGAGACGAGCCAUCAAAAUAUAGAUGCCCAACCUGCCAAAUCAGAUAUUGUUCGCUUGGCUGCUAUAAGACACAUAAGGACAGUUGCAUUCGUGUUGAACGGCCAGCCCCUGUUACCCCUGAAACAAACACAGACGUAGAACCGUGGAACGUGGAUGACAUCCUCCAGAAGGAAGAGGAUUAUAUCGACAAAGUUCCCUUGCAGAAACUUCAACUGCUGAGCCAGUCGGAGGAGCUGAGAGGCCUUCUGCGUAACCCCCACCUGAGACAGUUAUUGCGCUCCAUCGACUCCGCGGCGAAUAAAGACGAAAUGAUGAAAGCCGCCAUGCAGGAGCCGCUGUUUGUCGAGUUCUCCGACGAGUGUUUGAAAGUUGUAGAAAAUGACCAGCGCAAACCUUCAAGACCAGGGGCCAGUGAAGAUCUCUAGAGGUUUUGUUUUGCGUAGUAUUUUUUUUUAAUAUAUAUAUAUAUAUACAUUUCUGUCUGUUUUUUCCAUGCAAUGUAACAACUGAAUGAAUAAAUAUUUUCAAAACCAUC